AGUCCUCUAACCUUGUUUUUGUACCUCGUCGUACCUUUCCAAGCUUGCAAAAUGUUCAAGCCGGCAAGAAGUUCCCAGUUACUAUUCACUUUGUUCGUACUUCUGUGCAUAUGCUUCAGUGAAGCCGCCCCUCAGAAGAAUCGAGGCGGAAAGGGCGGUGGUGCGCGAGAAACCGCACAACAGAAAGCGGCGAAGAAGCCAGGUGGUGUUUCCACUGCAAAAGAUGGCUCGACCAUGCUGGACCAAACUGUUCAGAUCAAUGGACUUGACAUCCGAUAUAGAGUCAGCGCUCCCGCCGACCAGUUUACCUCAGCCGCGAAAGUCGAAGGGGGAAAUGCCGCUCCAAACACCGGGGGAAGUAUAGGCAUGAACGUGUUGCUUCACGGCGAUGGUGGCCAGUCGUUCUUUGCGUUUCCCAACCAAGGCGUCAAUGCCAACCUCAUGGGCGUCGCAGUGCUUGCUCCGGAUAAAGACCUAAAAUGGGGCGGCGCAAAUAGAAAUGGCCAGCAGCGGCCGGACGGCGUUGCUCACGCGCAAGCUGUUGCCGAUCUCAUUACGCAGGAGCUGCCCAAGAUGGUCGCCUUCAACCAGUCCAAUGUCUUCUUCACGGGCGUCAGCGGUGGCUCUCUCACUCUAUCUGGAUUCUUCAUGCCGGCUCACAUGGGAAAGUUUCCCAAUACAGGGGUCUUACUCAACUGCGGCGGUCUGGCGCCUCAAGUGGACUUCACGCCCGAAUCUGCUGCGGCUAUGGCGAAUACUCGGAUUCACUUUCAAUCAACUACUCAAGAACUAGCCUCGCUACAAAAGUCCAUUCCUCAGGCUAUAAAGGCAUUCGAACAAGCCGGCACGAAUGCAGGGUUAAACAGCCAGCAAAUAAAUGCACUCCAAACAGUCAACAACUCUCCAAACGGCGGACAUUGUGCAUUCGAUGGGCAGGGGUUCGGCAGUGGCAUACAGCUCGUAGCCGACAACUUUCAGAAUAUCAUGCUCCCUGGUGGCAGCGGCCAGGUCCCUGGAAUUGGAAAUAUAAAUAAUGGAGUAGUAGGAAACGAGAAGUUGCAGUUCUCACAAAGGGGCAAUUAA